AUGUCGGAGCCCUUUCCGCUGCUCAGCAGCCCUGCAGAGCAACUGCACAGCCUAGAAGCCGAGGGCACGAGACGACGGCGAAAAUCCAGCGGUCUCGGCAGCGAGAUUUGCGUGGGCGACACGGGGGCGCCGGCGUUUGCGUCGAGCACGGCCGGCCUCGAUCACGGCCGGCGCAGCGAGCGCGAGUCGACUCACGGCGCGGCACCGGCAUCGGCAUCGUCGUCUUCGUCUCCGUCUUCGUCUUGGCCUCUCAACGGCACCACCACCGCUGCCACCAAGCGCGGCCUCUCCAAACGCCGUCGUGCCCGCGGCCUCCUCUCGCGCGUCCGCCAGACCUGCGCAAAGCACACCUGGGUGCUGCCCCUGGCCGUCCUCUGCCUCGUCCUCUCGGGCUACGCCGUCAACCCGAGCAACGCCAACCCCCUCCACCACCUCAUCUUUCUUUCGUACCCGCUGCCGCACGCCCGCGGCGGCGACGGCGACGGCGACGGCGACUCGUCCAGACCGACGCACUACGGCAAGGGCCCCUGGGACGUUGCCCUGGUGGCCUUCUACACCGUCGUGCUCUCCUUCACCCGCGAGUUCGUCAUGCAGGAGCUGCUGCGGCCCUGGGCCCGCGCCGCCGGCCUCAAGCGCAACAAGCAGGCUCGCUUCAUGGAGCAGGCCUACACGGCCCUCUACUUCUUCUUCCUCGGCCCGGCCGGCAUGCUCGUCAUGUCUCGCACCCCCGUCCGGUACUUCAACACGCACGCCAUGUACGCCGACUACCCCCACCGCUCCCACGAGGCCGCCGUCAAGUUCUACUACCUCUUCCAGGCCGCCUACUGGGCCCAGCAGGCCAUCGUCCUCGUCCUCGGCAUGGAGAAGCCGCGCAAGGACUUCAAGGAGCUCGUCGGCCACCACGUCGUCAGCCUCGCCCUCAUCGCCCUCAGCUACCGUUUCCACUUCACCUACGUCGGCAUCGCCGUCUACACCACCCACGACAUCAGCGACUUCUUCCUCGCCACCUCCAAGGUCCUCAACUACCUCGACCACCCCCUCGUCGCGCCCUACUUCUUCCUCUUUGUCUGCGUCUGGAUCUAUCUCCGCCACGUCGUCAACCUCCGCAUCCUCUGGUCCCUCAUGACCGAGUUCCGCACCGUCGGCCCCUUUGAGCUCGACUGGGCCACGGAGCAGUACAAGUGCUGGAUCUCCCAGUACAUCUCUGUCGCCCUGCUCGCCUCCCUUCAGGCCCUCAACCUCUUCUGGCUCUUCUACAUCAUCCGCAUUGCCUACCGCUUCAUCCGAGACAGCACCGCCGACGACGAACGAUCCGACGACGACGACGACGACGACGACGAACCCGCCCACCUCGACGAGGAGCCCCUUCCCACCCUGGAACUCAAUGGAAAGCCCGUCAAUGGCAGCUUACACUGA